CGCCAGCGCGGGCCCCGCGAGGCGCUCGACGCGCAGCGCGCCGAGGCCCCCGUGACCCCCGGCGCCGUCGUCGCCCCCGUGCCACACGCGAAGCUCACGGGCAAGCAGCGCCGCCUCGUCAACGCGCACCGGCUCCGGCAGGACCCGCCCGUCGCGAGCUUCGACCUCUACCCGGACGCGUACCACGCCGACGCGCACCGGUCCGCGCCAGUCUUCGGGGACGCCGGGGACCGCAAAACCAUCGUCGACGCGCAACCCGUCCAGCCGUUCGCGGUCAGCGAUCUCGCGAAAAAGGAGCGCGCGUCGUGCGUGUCGCUCGUUUAGUAACUCUG